GCUGAAACACGUGUAGCGUGCAUAACAUAACCCAUACUUUCGACGCUCUGUUGCGACGACACGAUUAUGGCAAAGGUUCCGCGGAAACGUGCUAAAAUGGGAAAAAGCACGAGAGAGCAGUUGGAGAUGCUCGAUAAAUCGGAAUUGAUCGAUAAGAUAUUGCGAUUGGAGGCUCACAACGAGCAACUGAAAUUAUCGAUCGCGAAAAGUACGGACACUGAACUGAAGAAAGAGAAGACGCCAAAGAAAGUAAGAAGAUCGUUUGAUUUUUCACGGUGUCACAAGAGGCACAUUCUGCUAAAGUUUUAUUACCUCGGUUGGGAUUAUCACGGUUUCACCGUACAAGACGAUAACAGCGAUACUAUUGAGCAUCAUCUAUUCGCAGCUUUGUUAAAAAGCUGCUGCAUCGAAUCCCGCGAAAGCGCAAAUUACCAUCGUUGUGGACGAACCGAUAAAGGUGUUAGCUCGUUCUCUCAAGUUGUAUCGUUGGAUGUGCGGAGUAGACUGGAACUAGAGAAUCAAGACAACUUGCCGGAUGAGUUGCCUUAUUGUAAAAUGUUGAACAGAUUGCUGCCAGCGAAUAUAAGGUGUACAGCAUGGUGUCCUGUCGCAUUCAAUUUCUCCGCAAGAUUCGACUGCAAGUAUAGAAAAUACAAGUACUUCUUCCCAAGAGGCAAUUUAGAUAUAGAUGCCAUGAACAAAGCUGCCAAGUAUGUUAUAGGAGAUCAUGACUUUCGUAAUAUUUGUAAAAUGGACGUAGCCAAUGGCGUAGUUAAUUUUAAAAGAACUGUAAUUGAUGCAAGAGUAAUCGUCGUUAGUGAUGACAACGUGGAAAAAUCUACAGGCUACGAUAUGUGUGAAUUAGAAAUUACGAGCCAAGCCUUUCUGUGGCAUCAAAUUCGUUGUUUAAUGGGCAUCUUGUUGUUGGUUGGACAAAGGAAAGAGGAGCCUGAAAUAAUCUUGAAGCUCCUGGACAUUGAGACUUGCCCGCAGAAGCCGCAGUACACUAUGGCUCAUCAAGUUCCAUUGAAUCUCUGGUAUUGUGAUUAUGAAAACGUAAAAUGGUUUAUCGACGAAGAUGAAUUAUUACACACUAUCAAAAUAUUACAACAGGAUUGGGCUCUGAAUACUAUAAAAUCUACAAUGAUUAAAAAUAUGUUGAUGGAAUUGGAAAAUUUCGUCAACUGUGUAAGUACUAAUUUUCAAAGUGAUUGCCUGCUUCUCGGAGUACAAUCAAAAAUAUAUCAACCAUUAAUGAAACGAGAAAUGUGUG